AGUUAAACUCCUGGGACAGCCAUAAUCAGUUAGGCGUGGUUUUUGUCGACUCGGGCUGUGCAGAUCCCGGGCCGAGGGGCAGAGGAAGGACAGCUUCGCCGCCAGAGUCUUCCAGAUGGCUGAGCUGGAUCUGAUGGCCCCAGAGCCACUGCCCGGGAUCACUGCUCACCCUCUGGCUGCUGUCAGCCCAGACUCCGGGUCGGCCAGCCCCGCCGAAGAAGAGGACACAGGCUCCCUGGGGAGCCCCCAGGAGGAGACAGAAGGACAGGACAGUGGCUCUGCAGGGCAGGGGGCUCCUGACGGCACCCAGGGGGAGGCGGAGGAGGAGGAGGAGGUCCUAUGUGACUUCUGUCUCGGCACCGGAAGGGUGAAGGCGGUUAAGUCCUGCCUGACCUGCAUGGUGAACUACUGUGAGGAGCACCUGCGGCCUCACCAGGAGAACAGCAAGCUGCACAGCCACCAGCUGACCGAGCCCGUGAAGGACAGGGACCUGCGCACCUGCCCUGCCCACCGUGGCCCGCUGGUUGCCUUCUGCUGCCCCGAUGGGCAGUGCAUCUGCCAGGAGUGCGGCCAGGACCAGCACAAGGGCCACGCCUCGGUCUCCUUGGACGCCGCCUGCAGGGACAAGGAGGCUGAACUUCGGGACACCCAGGCCGAGCUGGAACGGAAACUCAGGUUGAAUGAAAACGCCAUCGCCAGGCUCCAAGCCAACCACAAAUCCGUGUUGGUGUCAGUGUCGGAGGUGAAGGAGGCGGCUGAGGAGAAGUUUGGGGAACUGCUCGCUGCCGUGAGGAAGGCCCAGACUGACGUGAUGCUCUUCUUGGAGGAGAAGGAGCAGGUGGCGCUGAGCCAGGCCAACGGCAUCAGGACGCACUUGGAGCACAGGGGCACGCAGAUGGCACAGAGGAAGCAGGAGCUGGAGAGGAUCGCCACCAUCAGUAACACGGUCCUGUUCCUGGAGGAAUACUGCAAGUUUAAGAACGCCGAGGACAGCGCCUUCCCCAGUGUUUACAUAGGACUCAAGGAUAAGCUCUCGGGCAUCCGCCAGGUCAUCACAGACUCCACUAUGCACUUGAUCCAGGUGCUGCAGAACUACAGGGCCCAGCUCCAGGAUUUCUCCAAGGAAGAGGAGUACGGUAUCAGAACUCAGGUGUCUGCCGUGGUUGAGCGCAAGUACUGGACGUCAGAGCCUGAGCCCAGCAGCAGGCGACAGUUCCUCCAGUAUGCAUGUGACAUCUCGUUUGACCCCGACACGGCACACAGGUAUCUCCGGCUGCAGGAGGACAAUCGCAAGGUCACCAACACCACGCCCUGGGAGCAUCCCUACCCGGACCUCCCCAGCAGGUUCGUCCACUGGCGGCAGGUGCUGUCCCGGCAGAGCCUGUACCUGCACAGGUACUAUUUCGAGGUCGAGAUCUCCGGGCCGGGCACCUACGUUGGCCUCACCUGCAAAGGCAUCGACCGGAAAGCGGGGGAGCGCAACGGCUGCAUUUCUGGAAAUGACUUCUCCUGGAGCCUCCACUGGGAUGGGAAGGAGUUCACAGCCUGGCACAGCGACACGGAGACCCCGCUCAAAGCCAGGCCCUUCCGGAGGCUGGGGCUGUACGUCGACUUUCCCAGAGGGCUCCUCUCCUUCUAUGGCGUGGAGCCUGACGCCAUGACUCUGGUUCACAAGUUUGAGUGCAAAUUUUCAGAGCCGGUCUACCCCGCCUUCUGGCUUUCCAAGAAGGAAAACACCAUCCGGAUCAUGGAUCUGGGGGAGGAGCCCAAGAAGCCAGUGCCAACUUCGGGGCAGGCUGCCCCCUAGGCUCCAGCCUCUGCCCCUCAGACUCUUACUGACCACAGCAGCCUGCGACUUAAGGGUGACUUGGGGGUGGAAAUCUCGAGCAGAGGGGAAAGGUCUCUGGCUUCUCGCUUCUCUCCCUGCUGUGCUGUUCUCUAUGUUUGUAGUCAUCCCUAAGCCCCUACCUUCUCUCUCUCAUCUUUUAGCCAUAGUCUCCUGUCUGCUCAGGUGCCUAGACUCCGUAACCAGGAACCGUCAGAGUGAUCAAAAAAGACUGCAUUGAAAUCAGAAUAGACUGCAAGCUCUGUUUUGCACUUCCUCCACCCCAGACGCUGUCUUGGGUGCUGCGUGGCCAUCAUUAACUCAUUUAACCUUCACAGCGCUCAUCUCAUCCUUGUUUUGCAAAUGGGGAGACUGUGGUUCAGGCCGGAGUCGGGGUGGGGGUGGUCAGUUAACUUGCUCAAAGUCAUUGUGCUCACACGGUCCUGAGCAAGUGGCAGAGCUGGGAUUCGAACCUGGACAGGUCGGGGCUGGGAUUUUAAGCAUUCCACCAUGCUGCCCUCCUCAUUAGAUUGUGGGUAUCAUGUGUAAGGGAAUAAGCCACAUGAUGAACUCCA